AAGUUGAACACAUUUUUAUCGGUACUUAUGGUGUAACCAGAUAAUCGAGUUUAAAUAUUAAUUUUGUUUAAUUAGUUAAUUAAUUUGUUGAUCUCUAAUUUAAUCUCUGAAUUUUGUCCUUUGGUUCUCCUUCUAUUCUAUUCUGAUGCCUGUUCUUCAUUUUAUGUGAAAUGUUUAGAGCUAAAAUUCUUCCUGUCACUGACUGUGCUCGGCUACUCUCUUCUCCUUCGGGUCGUUAUGCAUCUUGUCUGGUUCUCAUUGCUGAUAAAAGAGGUUUAGGUCAAUUUCGACUCAAGGAUUGCAGCCUUUAUUCGAUAUUCAACUCGUCUGCUUUAUUCCAGCAGAAGAGAUGGUUCAAGGCAGAUAGAAAUAAACCAGUUGAUGGAGAACGGAAGGUCUAUGGAAUUGGAGGCUUGUCCAGGAAGGAAGAAAGAUCUCUUCUCAAAAAGUUACUAGAUGAAACUCUUAAUUUGAAGAGAAACAAAGAAACAAUUCCAAGUAUUGAACAGUCCAAUGAAAAAUUUCGUCAAAUAAUCAGAGAUGAAAACUUGACCACAGAUGAGGUUCAACGACUUCAGAUCGCUUUUGCCGAAGGCUAUGUCGCCGCAGAAGGAAAACCUAGAUCGACUAAAAAACCUUUCAAAACUCGAUUGAAAGAGUAUCUGUUUCUUGCUAUGGUGAUGACUUUACCUUUGUUGAUUUUAAUUGAAAUAUCAGCUCGACCAUUUCGUAGAGUACUAAUAGGAAGUGGCAAUCUUGUUAGUCCUGAAGAUAUAGAUGUUACUUUUUCGGAUGUUCGCGGAGCCGAGGAAGCUAAACAAGAACUUCAAGAAAUUGUUGAAUUCCUUAGGAAUCCAGAUAAAUUUUCAGCUUUAGGAGGAAAAUUGCCUUCAGGUGUACUUUUAGUUGGUCCUCCUGGAACAGGGAAGACACUUUUAGCUCGUGCAGUUGCUGGUGAAGCUGCUGUUCCAUUUUUUCAUGCCGCCGGUCCGGAGUUUGAUGAGAUACUUGUCGGUCAAGGAGCUAGAAGAGUUCGUGACUUAUUUGCCACAGCAAAAUUGAAAGCACCUUGUGUUAUAUUCAUUGAUGAAAUAGACUCUGUCGGUGGCAAGAGAACAAAUUCUGUUCUUCAUCCGUAUGCCAAUCAGACUAUUAAUCAACUUCUAACUGAGAUGGAUGGAUUUCGUCAGAAUGAAGGUGUUAUUGUUCUUGGAGCUACAAAUAGAAAAGAAGAUCUUGAUAGAGCUUUAUUGAGGCCUGGUCGCUUCGACGUUGAAGUUCAUGUCUCUGUGCCUGAUUUAAAAGACCGAGAGAAUAUAUUUGACCUUUACCUUAGCCGUAUCAAGUUAGCUCCAAAUGUUGACUCAAACCGUCUUGCAAAGAGGACAAUUGGCUUCACUGGAGCUGAUAUUGAGAAUAUGGUUAAUCAAGCAGCACUUAGGGCAGCAAUCGAUGGUAAAUCAUCUGUAUCUAUGGAGUACUUUGAAUCAGCUCGAGAUAAAGUUGUUAUGGGUCCUGAACGUAAAAACAAAAUACCAGAUGAAGAAGCCAAUGCAAACACAGCUUAUCACGAGGCUGGACACACACUAGUCGCUUUGUAUACUAAAGGUGCAGACCCUCUUCAUAAAGUAACCAUUGUGCCUCGAGGACUUAGUUUAGGUCACACCGCUUUGAUGCCUGAGAGAGAAAAAUAUUCAAAAACCAAAUUAGAGUUCAUGGCUGAUCUUGAUGUGCUCAUGGGAGGUCGAGUGGCCGAAGAGAUCAUUUUUGGGGAGGACAAGGUCACUCCCGGUGCCUCAUCUGAUUUCAAACAUGCCACUGAUAUCGCCACCAAUAUGGUCAAACACUUUGGAAUGUCAGAAAAAGUUGGGGUUCGAUUCUUUGAAAACUCUCGAGAUGGGUUAGUUGUGAUGAACGAUAUUUCUAACUCGACCUCUGAAUUAAUAGAUAACGAGAUCAAAAGAAUAUUACAGGAAUCAUAUGAAAGAGCCAAGAACAUUUUAAUAUCCAGAGCAGAUGAACAUCGUCGUUUAGCUGAAGCAUUACUCAAAUAUGAGACGUUAGACUCUGAAGAAGUUGCAUUAGUCAUUCAAGGAAAAGAUCCAAGGGCACGGAAGAGGUAGCUCUCUUAAUCAGGAAGUCGUUUCUCUACAUUUUCUUGUGUCUUCAAUUCUUGAAACUAGAAUAACUUUUAGCAUGUUUCAAGAUAUUAGUCAUAAAAGCAAAGGUAUUUUGCUGAUUCAAUUGCAUUGAGGAACUUCCGUUAACUACUGAUUACAAGAGUUAAAAACAACAACCUAAUGAGCAAUACACAUCAAAUCCAUUUGUUUCUACCAAAUUGUAUCUUAUUGUCAAAUAAAAUCGAGACAAAGUAGAUACAAAUUGGAUUAUUACAAUUGAAAUAUGAUAUUAUAAUAAUGUCAUCAUUUUUUCAUUGAAGAUUAAAGACCGAAAAUAUAAUUAUUUCAUCCAAGAAGAA